AUGUAAUUGAUUUUCAUUCAAUAUUGUCCGAUCAAGAACUAUCUUAUCUAUGAAAGCAAGGAUGGUUACUUAAGUGUCUUUGAAAUUGAAGAAUAAGAAAAAUAAUAAAAGAAAUAAUCAAUUUUUUUUACACAAAAUAGUUAGUAGUACUUAUUUCUUUCGACUCAAAAGAAGUAUUCGUAGGCUUUGAAAAUUAUGUUGUAAUUUUAGGAUCAACUUAUAUGUCUUAUAUUUACUUGAAACUCAUAAUUAAGAAAUCACUAAAAUAUAAUUAUUUGAUUCUAAAGGAGUCUUCAUUCGUAGUAAUAAAGACAAUGCAGUUAAAUUUUGGUAAUUUUAAUACUUCCCACAUAUUCUAUUAAAUAUUUCAAUCCUUCUUUUUCAAAAAGAGCCAGUUGUAGAACAUAAGGUUAUCAGAUAACAAGAUGAUGAACAAAACAAAUAUUGA